UCAGGUCUCCGGGUUUCCCGCCCCUGAGUCUCGAUAGACACUUCUCCCAGAAGGCCCGCGAGCGGAUUCUCGAAGCGCAUCCCCGCACGACGUUGCACAUAGAAAUCACCGCCUCGAGCCCUUCUCGGACCCCUCCUUGGGCGUCUCUUCUUCCGCUCAUGAGAGACAAGCGACACGCGACUGUCCGCUUUCGGUCGGCCAACCAAGCAAAUAACCAAGGGGAGGAGGCUUGGACUCUGGCCUCCCGCGAGGCUCUCUCCCAGUCCCGAUGAUGACAUCAUCCCGGCCCCGUGGCAAUGUUGGCGGCAGCUUUGCAAACCGACGCGGCCACGCCAACCAGCUGUCCAUUUCCGACCCUAGCCACCACGUCACCGAGGCCAUAGGGACCAUGUAUGGUGAUGAAGACGAUUCCGGCGCCGAGGACAACCGGCCUAUGAGCUUUGUCACGCCCAAGUAUGGGAGCGAGCAGUUGGCCAAAUCCCAGGCACCCGCCGAGCCAUCGGGAGACCGGCUGCGGCUGGUGCGCACAAUCUCGGACCAAAGCUCUUCGGCGCAGGCGGGCCCGCCUAACGGCACUGGCAUCAAGAAGACACAUACAUUUCCUGCGCGAAUCAGCAGCCAACGGAGCAGCUCCUUCGAAGGACCAAAUUCUCCCCUCCAGCCACUUUCGCCAACCCCGUCGUUGCGAGAAAGCUCGCAAUUCCCCAUGACCAAUAUUGAUAAUGCGAACGACAUUGCCCAGGAGCUCAGUAACCUGCAAGCGCUGCGGCGCAUGUCGAUGGACGUGAUAAACCACGACCCUGAUCUAGUGCCUUUCUCGGGCAUGUCGUUGGUAGCGAUUCCCGCAAUCGCGCCGUCGGGAGACGAUGACGAGGCAGACCCCUCCCGCCUGUUAUGGGUACCGGCCAGAGUGCACCCAGAACUGGAGCCAACGGCAUUCAAGGACUUUCUCGAGAACCGAGUACAGACGAUGAAGCGGCGGUCUGGAGAUUCGUUGCUCUCCGCCUCUGGGUCUCAACGGGGUGGUGACGCGGGCGGUCUGAGGAGGAAGAAGUCUAUGCUCUCUCGACAAAUUAACACCCACAGCGGUGGGGACGGGUAUGUGGACGGAGCUGAAAGGCUGGAACGGAAUUACCCUCUUAACGAGUACGCCACACCAGAACUCAGCCUCAACGAUCUUGUCAACGACCCGAAGAAAGCCGUCCAAAAGUUGGCAGAUGAUGUCCGGGCGGAGGGUGGCGAGGGAGACUUGCCCAUCCUACCGGUCGCUCCCGGCAUGGGCCUGCAGCGCUCAAGGAGAACAACGUAUAGGAAAGGUGGCAGCAUACGUGGAGAACGGGUGCCGUUUUCUAAAAGGGCAACCGGAAGGCAAACAGACAACAAGGACACAGAAGAUGCCCCACCGCUUCCACCUAUCGACCCCGCGUACGGAAGUUCGCUAGCCAAAGUACAGUCUGAGCCGGUGGCCGAGAACUAUUCUCGGCCCACACGCUCGGUUCGGAGGCAGCAGAAUUUCUCUAGAGAGACUCCUGCUAUUUCUCCUACCGGUGCCGAAGCAGCCCUACUAGACGGACAAGCACAGGACGACAUCGAGAGCCCAGUAACGCCCUCAUCUCCCCCAUCAUUACCUGUGUUACCUGUCAGAACCUCCUCGGCCGCUGCACGUAACAUUCCUGUCCCCCCUGUCCCCUCCAUCCCCUUGAUAGUCGAAACACCACCUGUCCCGGACACAACCUCGCAGCCUCCAGUCACUUUCCCCGAAAGAUCUUCGUCCCAGAAGUCAUCACAGUCCUUGUAUGAUGAACAACCACAGCCGCCCAUUGACGGGCCUCCAGCUCGCUCAAGCAAGCGUCCCUCUCCCGGAAAGCCUAUCCCGUCUCCGACUUCUCCAACACAGGCCAGCUUCGGAGAGCAGCCCAGCUUUAGAGAACAGCCCGUUAAGGAGAAGCCUGUUUCUAAUGAUAAUUCCAACAUCGGUGAUAUGGCCAGCCACCCAACCUUACUCCCAGGUAGCGGCGGGACGACCACUGCCAACCUGACGUUCAUACCAACCCUUAAUACGGCUGAGGAGAGGAGGUCUUCUGAAAGGAAGCCCAAAGACAAGGACGAUACGGAGAGUAUCAUGUCCAGCAAGUCAUCCUCUGGAUGGAAGUGGUUCAAGAGUGAUGAUAAAGAGAGAAAGAAGCGGGAGAAGGAAGAACAAGCCAGAAAGGCCAAGGGAAAGACUGGGGAUAAGAGCCACGAUAAUGCGCGCCUUGAUGUUCUUCAGAGCUCGAUUGAUAACGUUGUCGCCAAGGGUCGCGAGAGUCUGCUGAUUGACCGCGACAGCAUCGACAACAAACUCUAUGAAGAGCGGAAGAAGGAGAGCAAUCGCAAAGUAAGCGAAAGCAAAAAGGAGAAAGAUGGCUUCUUUGGUGGCCUCUUUGGGGGAUCCAAAAAGAAGGGCGACAAGGAGCCUGGCCACAAAAAGAAGGAGCAUCGGCCCCUUACCCCAGAUCCUCCACCGCGGCAGCUUCGCGCAGACGUGGACUACCCUUGGACCCGAUUUCCCAUUAUCGAGGAGCGUGCCAUCUACCGCAUGGCCCAUAUCAAGCUCGCCAAUCCCCGCCGGCCACUGCAAAGUCAGGUGCUUCUCAGCAACUUCAUGUAUUCAUACCUCGCCAAAGUUCAAGCGAUGCAUCCACAACUCCAAGUCCCCAUUUCGCCCCAGCAAAAGCGACAGGAGGAGGAACGCAAGCGGCGAGAGGCCGAGCAAGCACAGCUAGAACAGCAACAGCAACAGCAGAGAGAACAACAGAUGGCUCAGCAACAGGGUGGGCAGGAUGGGAAAUUCGAUUUUGACUACCAUCGCUCCGGGGGCCAGCAAUAUGGGGACACCGGAAACCAGCAUGAUGGGAGCGUCCAAUAUGUGGACGAUGCUCAAAUCUACGAAUACGAGCAUGGUGUUGAUCAGCGCCAGAACGAUUAUGGAUCUGCUACUCAGCAGAAUGGCAAUCAUCGAGGCCACGAUGGCUACGGUGGCCCGGGACAACAGGGAGGAGGGCAUGGCCAGCAACACGGUAACGGCGCAGGGCAGAACUACUACUACGGUCGCGACAACCAUUACGACGACGACGACGACGACGAGAACAACGACAUGUGGUAGGCCCACCAAGAGCCCAUUGUCCGGCAACUUCUUCUCCGUUUGCCUCGGGUUGUCUAAAUCUUGCCAAUCCUCUGUUCUUGUGAAAGUAGUACACACCGCCAGGUGGUGAGAGUUUCUGAGGGGCUGAAAGUUGGCUGGGUGAUUGCAUGGCGGCCGGGGACAGCGCAAGCCGGAGACGGAAAGUGUCAGGCAAGAGUCCUUCCCAUGCGCAUAAUACGGCGUUCCAGGCACACACGCAUACACAUGCACACACAACAUUUUCACACACAUUGAGGAAACCAAACGGGAAGGGCGGUUCGAAAGGGAGUCUGGCUCAUCAUUGUUUUGGUGGCGCGUCGUCUGAGCCCCCCUUUCCCUUAGCAGAUUAGUUAUAACUAUUUUUUAUCGCUUGACGCACAU